CACACCCUGCCCUGGAUGAGCACCGAAACUCUGCCACUGCCUCCCCCAGCUGCUGGGUUGUGCCACAGAGACCAGGAGAACUCCGGGGUGGAUGUAUUCAGGGACAUGGUGGAAAGCGGGACUAUGGCUGAAAAUGUCCCCAUAGCCACCCCACCCGACGACUCCUUGGUCCCCUCACUCGAUGUUGCCACUGGUUCCCUUGCCAAAGACAAUGUGCUGCAGGAACAGUCCGCCUCAGGACAGGAAGGCAACCAUUUUGAGAGGGCACCCCCGUCUCCAGUCACGUCUCCAGAGAGGACUGAAAUGGCAGAGGUCUCCAAGUCACCAGACCAAGCGCAAGAUGGCGGCUAUUCCGCUCACCAAGACAAGACGCCAUGUCUCUCCCCGGAGCAACCGAAUGCUGAGGAUGUUGCAAGCCUGUUGGCCCAAGGGGGACAUGGCAGCCAAUCUGUGUGUCGUGACAAGAUGCCGGGUGCCCAGUGUCCUUCUGGGACCUUGGAACAGCUGGCGCAAGAGGAGGAGGCCGGUCUGAAUCACUGCAAUGAGAAGAACGGAGCUGGGCCCACUGACUCCUUGAAACAGUUGGGGCAUGGCCAAGAAGAAAAAGGAACUCUUCUUCUUCUUCUUCAUUGUGCGGAGACCUCAGGUGUUUCUUCGGAGCAACAGAAAUUCACCAGCACCUCAAAUCAACUGGACGUAUGGGAGGAGAGUGGCAUUGUGGGUAGUCACAGCCAGGAUCCUGCUUCAGAAUCUCUAGAGGAACCUGAAAUUGUCUGCUGCAGGGGGAACAGCCAAGUUGACUGCGUUGCCACCACUGCAUCCUCCGAACCUCCCAGCAUCUCACUUCCAGGGACCAAUUCCCCAAAGCAGUCAUGGGAGGGAGACGGUUUGGUCUUUCCCAGCCACCAUCCCAGCUCCGCUCCCUGUGCUGAGCAUCAGGAGACGAUUGACGCUGCCAGCGUUGAUCAAGACAUAAAACCAGGCUGCUCGGAAACAGUAGAGGCCGGCAAAGAGGAAAGCACGCCCAGGGAGCUGGGUGAUCAGUCCCAAACUGUGGAGAAGCAAGAUGCCCAAGACGCUGAACGCACCCCAGCCGGACUUUCACUGGCGGCAUCAGUAGACUCUCAGCCAGAUGUUGGCACCUAUUGCCAGCAGAGGGCAGCAGGCGCAGAUGGUGACACUCCCCUCCAGCCAGCGCCAAGGCAGUCUCCUGGGGCAACCGGUGAAUCCUCUGGACCUGCCCACUGGGGCCUGGCUCCUGACUGUGGCAGGCAAGAGAGGGAAGGACUGGCUGCUGAGGAAUCGAGCGGCAACGGCAGCCAAGCCCAGGGUGAGGCUGGAGCCAAGGCUGCGCUGGAAUCUGAGAAGGGAGAGGAGGCAUCCAUCAGCGCUGGGCCUGGGGAAGCCACCUGCGUGCCAGAGAGUGCAAAGGACCUAGCUGGUGCCAAAGAUCCAGCCGGAGAAUCACCUGGCUUGGAAAGCCCGUCUGGCACAAGGGAUCCAGCUGGUCCCCAAGACCAAGCUGGUACCAUGGUGCUAGCUAGCGUCGAAGAUCCACUUGGGGCCAGGGACAGAGCGGGCUCUCAAGAUCUGUCCAGCACCACAUGCCCAGUUGCUGUUUCGGAGCACUCCACUUCCAGUCUGAAACCUGGAGACCAAUCGCUACUUGGUGCCAGGGACCCUGCCAGCACAGAAGACCUGGUUAGCCCUGCAGACCCAGUCCGUGCCACAUCCACGCCAAGCGGGCCCUCUGGGACUGGCGGCAUGGAGUGGACGGGAAAUGCCACGGAGCAUACGGAGGCCCUUCACCCUGCCACCGAGACCCCGAUCGAGCGGGAGAUCCGUCUCCACCAGGAACGGGAGGAGCACCUGCGUCGGCAAAGGGGCCUGGCUAGCCCCUGGGGCACUCAGGAGUAUGUGGAGGUGCGCAUCAGGCCUAUCCUGAACCAGAACGUGGGGCCCCCCAUGCUGCCCAAGGAGAAGGAGCGCCAGUGGGCCGGCGUUCAGAUGCAGAGGGAGAUCCAGCGGGAAUGUCAACGUGAAGAGGACCUGGUUCAGCUGGGGAAGGUCAGGGGGGCCUAUGACCGUGGCACCCCGCAAGAGAUGCAGGAGAAGCUGAUGAUUUUUGAACAGCAUCCCAGCCCGGAACCUCCGGCCCCCAGGAAGAUGCUGUGCAGCAGCCCCAGAGGGGCGAGGGGGCUCUCUUUUGCGGAGGCCAACAGCACUGCCAACAUGGUCAUCGUGGACUCUGGUGCUCUGCUGCGAGCCCAACGGCCGCUGCCCGAGAGAACCCCUGCCUCGGCCAACCCCUUCUUCUGCUUGCGUGCCAAAAGCCCCCAGUCUCUGCUGGAGCAGGAGGUCCAAGAAGCUCAGGAACGAGAGCGGGAGCUGCAGAGGCAGAGGCACAACCUGUACGGCUCAGCGUUGCCCUGCCAAGCUGCGGAGGCCUCAGCUCAGGAUGAGGAGGUCCCCAGCCAGCCAGAGAGACCUUCCUGCAAGAAGCUGGAUGUCACCUGGCCUCCUCCAAGCCCUCCGGAGACCUCUCAGGUGAAUGGCCUCCAUCAGCCGGAGAGAAGCCCUCGAAUCCUCCGCCGACAGAGGAGUGCCUUAAUCCAGCGCUGGGAGUCGGGAGCUGUUGGCAACCAGGACAGUGAAGAUUAGGGGGCUGCCUCGGCAAGAAAAGCCACUGGGUCAUGUCUCCAGUGCAAAAGACACAAGGGCUCCGCUGUGCCUGCCCCAACCUUGCACAAAACAUAACUCAUGGUGUGCAUGUCGAGUGCACCUCUGGAGCCGACCGUGUAUUCUUUCCACUCCGCCUUUAGAUUUGACAAAAAAAAGAAAAGUCCAAAAGCACAUCUGCACAACCAGUUUGAUCACAAGGCAGAAAUAGCAUUUAUAGCCAGCUGCCUUCUUCCAAAUUUUAUCCUGGAACAAAGAGGAGAAAGAUUUCAGGGAUGGGCUCCAAAGCAUUACUAUUCAUUUUAGUUUCUUUUUUUUUUUACGUAGGUAACACCUGCUUGGACACUGAUUUCUCAAGGGCUUUCCAAACACAGGUUUCCCCUACAUUUGGUCUGCUUUGGGCAACCCCACACAGAAGUGUUCGGGCGGAUCCAUGGAGAGGCAUGCACAGGAGCAGCUACAC